AUGACUAUUGCUUCACUUUUGGCAAUCGGGGCAAUUGCCUUUGCAGUUGUCCGGGCUCAGGGUUCCGCUCCUGUGCCCACAGGAGUCCCAAUCGCAGGAAACUACACAGGAGCUCUGAGGCCGCAGAUACAUUUCUCGCCGCCAGAACAUUUUAUGAACGACCCCAAUGGCAUGUUCAUAGAUGCCGAGGGUACUUACCACUUAUACUAUCAAUAUAAUCCCACCGACAUUGUUGCCGGAAACCAGCAUUGGGGUCAUGCUACGUCCAAGGAUCUCUACCACUGGGAAAACCAACAGAUUGCCAUCUUCCCUGACACGCCAGAGGAAGGCAUCUUCUCCGGUUCGGCUGUUGUGGACGUCAACAAUACCUCUGGUUUCUUUCCUAACCAGACCAAUGGUGUCGUCGCCAUUUACACCUUGAAUACUCCUCAAGAAGAGACUCAAGAAAUUGCCUAUUCCACCGAUGGCGGAUAUACGUUUACCAAGUACUCGGGCAACCCGGUCAUCAGCAUCAACUCGACUCAGUUUCGCGACCCCAAGGUCAUUUGGCACGCCCCGACCAGCAAGUGGGUCAUGGUUGUUUCCUAUGCCCAGGAAUUCACAAUUGGAAUUUUCACUUCUUCCAAUCUGAAGCAGUGGACCCAUGCCUCCAACUUCACCAACCAGGGUCUUCUCGGACUGCAGUACGAGUGCCCGAACAUGGUAACCAUUCCAAUGAAUGGAACCAACGAGCUCAUGUAUGUGCUUAUGAUCUCCAUCAACCCUGGCGCGCCCCAGGGUGGCUCAAUCACCCAAUACUUCCCUGGUAGCUUUAACGGCACGCACUUCACCGCUGUCGACAAUGCCGCCAGAAUUGCAGACUUUGGAAAGGACAAUUAUGCUGGCCAGUUCUUCUAUGGCACCCCCGACGGCCAACCUCCCAUUUUCAUUGCAUGGGCCAGCAACUGGGAGUACUCUCAAGUGGUUCCUACCGGACCUCUGGAGAAUUGGCGGAGUGCCAUGUCUCUUCCCCGUGUCAACACUUUGGCCAACAUUACCCGGACCGGGUAUGACCUUGUCAGCCUACCCUACGACCUCUCAACCGUGUAUGAUACCCAGAUUGCCAAGAACUCUUCAUUGGGCAACGGCACACUACUGUUAGACUACUCCACCGUUGCCUCUGGAGCUGUCUACUUUGAGGCCAACGUGACUGGCAUUCCUACCAUCAAUACCACCGGUACUCUAAACUUCACUUUCACCUCUUCCACCACCGGCGAGUCUCUGAGAGGAGGAUUCUUUUUCGGCGGAGACACUCCAUUCUGGCUUGAUCGGGGCAAGAUUGGAGGCUUCGACAACCCCUUUUUCACCGACAAGUUCUCCACCAACAAUAUCAUUUCCAACGGUAAAUUCCAGCUCCAGGGCGUCAUUGACCGUUCAAUUUUUGAGGUUUUCCUGGAUGGGGGCAUUCGCAGUGCCAUCGCUACCUUCUUCCCCGAAGGCCCGCUCGACCAGCUUGCCAUCUCCGCUGGUGACCUUAACCCUGGCGUCAAGGUUAGCGUGAACGUGUGGGGACUGAAGAGCGCUUGGGCCGCCGAGGCCAACAGCAACGGCACAGUUACUGGCAACAGCACUACUGCCGGAAACUCCACCGCCUCGCGCCGAGGCAUCUAUGGAAAGCUUGAGUAA